GUGUAUUGGCCGUGACACGUUCACUUGGUGAUUAUUCAAUGAAAGAUUUUGUUAUAGGUAAACCCUACACCACAGAAACAACUCUGACAGAAAAGGAUCCAUUUUUGAUACUUGCAUGCGAUGGUCUAUGGGAUGUUUGUAAUGACCAGGAAGCUGUGGAUCUCAUUAAAGAUAUUAUGGAUCCACAGGAAGCGAGCACAAAAUUGAUUAAACAUGCAUUACAAAAUUUCAGUACUGAUAAUUUAAGUGUGAUG